CCUGUGGUGGCUCAUUACAUUAUCUGGCAACCGGAGUGGCAGCGGACAGAAGAGAGGGGAUCCCCGGGAUUUUUUUACGCCAAAGCCUGCUAAAAUACUGACGCCAAAUAAGUGAAAACCGCGGGGGAACUCGACCCGGCUCCUCCUUUAUACUCCGGUGAGAGCAGCCAUGUCAGAAGAGGCGGUGCGUCAAACGCGCAGCCAGAAGCGGGCUCUGGAGAGGGACCAUGCAGCUCUUGGUGGUUCCCUGGGGGACGUUGAUGGCAAGCGGGUAAAACUGGAGCGAGGUGAUGCAGCUGGGGCCCCGCUGGCCCAUGUGGGACCUGUAGCUGAAGGCAUGAAGCUGAAGAGUGAACAGGCUGCUAAGGUAGCAGCAAGCAUCCUUAAGACCGGGGAGGUGAAGGCUACCAUCAAGUUGGAGGUGCAGACUGGAGACGAACCUGUGGACAUGAGCACAUCCAAAAGUGAGAUUAAAAAAGAACGACAGCCACCUUCGCCAGAUGACGUGAUUGUGUUAUCAGAUAAUGAGCCAUCUAGUCCAGUCAUGAACGGCCACUGCUUCACAAAGACGGACACCGACAAACUUAUGAAAAGCUCACCUGAGGAGAGGGAGCGCAUCAUAAAACAGCUGAAGGAGGAACUGAGGCUUCAAGAAGCCAAACUGGUCCUCCUCAAGAAACUACGACAGAGCCAGAUCCAGAAAGAAAGUACAGUGCAGAAGGCGAGCGGCUCUGUGGCCACUCCUCCUCCUCUGGUGAGAGGCAGCAUGACCUCCAGUAAAGGACCCCUUCAGGUGACAAGUCGUAGCUCAGGCACAGUGAUCCCCCCUCCGUUAGUGCGAGGUGGACAGCAUGUCCCGUCCAAACACAGCUCUCAGAUCGUCAUGCCACCGCUUGUCAGAGGAGCUCAGCCUAUUGCAGUGACCCCCCAGCAGAUAGCCAGCCUGCGGCAGCAUCAGCAGCACAGCGGUUCAGGCCCUCCCCCACUUUUACUGGCUCCUAGGGCUUCUGUCCCCAACGUCCAGAUCCAGGGCCAGAGGAUCAUCCAGCAGGGACUCAUUCGAGUGGCUAAUGUGGCCAACAGUGUCAUGGGCUCCACUGGCCUUAAAGGCUCUUCAGUAUCGCCCAGCUCCAGCGUCAAUGAUUCUCCAGCUAGCAGGCAGGCGGCUGCUAAACUAGCACUAAGGAAGCAGUUAGAGAAGACGCUGCUAGAGAUUCCUCCACCCAAACCUCCCGCUCCGGAGUUCAACUUCCUACCAUCUGCAGCAAAUAAUGAGUUUAUCUACCUGUUGGGGUUGGAGGAAGUGGUCCAAAAGCUGCUGGAGAUGCAUGGCAGAGGUAAUCUUGGUCCUGCUGCUGCCAUGGCCGCCUCCCUUCCCAAAGAGCCAUACACCUGUGCCCAAUGCAAGACGGAUUUCACCUCUCGCUGGAGGAAGGAGAAGGCUGGCACCGUCCUGUGUGACCAGUGCAUGUCGUCCAAUCAGAAGAAGGCCCUAAAGGCUGAGCACACCAAUCGUCUGAAGGCGGCCUUUGUGAAGGCACUCCAGCAAGAGCAGGAAAUAGAGCAGCGUAUCCUCCAGCAGUCCGCCUCCUCAUCUUCCUCCAGCUCCAAAAGCACCUCAUCCUCCUCUCCCUCGCUGUCUAAGGGCGAGGUGCUGGUUUCCCCUCAGUACAAGCAGAUCAGGACUGACCUGCAGCACAGAUCCAUGUCUGGACACCACUCCAUGAAGCAGAGUCAUUUGCAGCACAGCAUCCAGUCUGCAGUGAGCUCUCGUGGCGUGGCCCACUCCUUUACCUCCUCCCAGCUGCAGAACGCAGUGACAGCCGCACUGGGUGGCAGAGCAGGGAAACAUGCUGCAUCUCUCUCCCUGCAGCAGGGAGCAAAGGUCAGCGCUGGCAGCAGCAGUAACCAGGGCAGCAUGGGGGCCUGGAGGAAGCAGAGCAGUGGGAAUACAGGAGUGACGAUGGCGUACGUCAACCCUAGCUUGUCUGCUCAUAAGACCUCCUCUGCUGUGGAACGUCAGCGGGAAUAUUUGCUGGACAUGAUUCCUUCCCGUUCCAUCUCCCAGGCAAACACAUGGAAAUAAUGCAACCCUCCCCCUGCUACUGAUGCCACAGCUUCUAGCCCUCCUAAAAUCAAUAACAGCCAUGCUCCUUAUCAUUCUAUUGUUUUCUAUAGACUCAGAUGGCCAGGAUAAGAACUCUUGUCUUGUUGGUUAGAGGUGUAUUUAAACAUUUUCUACACCACCGUAUGCUACCUUGUUCCUGUUCCCAAUCAUUUCCUCCAUGGAGCUGUACUGCAACAGCUUCAGGGAUGUGAGGAACACGUCCCAAAUUUUUUGGAUACCUUUUGCAAGACUUAGGACUGACUGAGGUCAAAGUUUGCUUCCGUUUGUCGCUCAAAUCAGGAGAAAGGUGGUGCAGAAAUCAAGACUGUUCCUGCUUACGGUGCAUGCAGGGAUUAACAAUGAUCACCAUUAUUCUCGCACCCUGCCCUCUACAGCCGAAGGCUCUCAGACUCAGGCCUGUGUGCUGGCCCAAGCGGACCUCGUCACAGGGAUUGUUGAGCUCCGAGGACCAUCCGUAAAAUAUGAACUGCUUUAGCUUUGCAAGAAUAAAUAAGAUGCAUAAAAAAAAAGAUCUAUCUGCACACAGACGGCCUCUUCUCACCAACCUUCAGUGUGUACAUUGAGCUGAUUUGUAGGGCUGAAUGUUGAGAUUUCUUCUUCUCUGUAAGUCCUACGCUGUGUUUGGAUUAUUGUGCUCCGCGACACUUCGGAAGUGGCCUCUUGUCGAGGUCGGAAUAUAAAAAGGCUAAUGUUACUGUUGAGGUGGUUUUACAUCUGCUGGUUUCCAUUAUUGUGGCCUAGUUUAAAUUUUUUUUUUUUUUGUCUAAAAUAAUGCAAAAGAAAAUGAAUAAGGGUUUUGAAGACACUUGUUUAAAAAAAAAAAGGUGAAAAAAGAAAAAGGAGCAUUUAUUUGGAGGACUAUUCUUAUUGAAUAUUGUAAAAUAAACCUUCCAAAGAACUGGUGGAGCCCAAAUGGAGUCCCUUCUGCUAGAAGGUUUCUGGUUUAUUUGAACCCGCUCCAGAUAUAAACAUGAAUCCAUGCUAAACUGAGUGGGCGUCAGGAAUGUCAGUCUUGACAUUUUUUUGCUUGUUAGUCAUAGGUUGUGGUGCAUUUUUGUUGGUUUUUUUCCCCUUCUAUAGACAAACGCUGAAUUUAUUUAUAGGGUUAGUAAAGACAUAUGCAUAAGCCCUACGUUUGAACGGUUAUUGGUUGAAAUGUUUUUUCCUUUGUGUCAGGCGACUCCUACGCAACCUUUAAUUGGUUUGAGCAAAGCUACACUGCUUUCACUAUGUAGUCAGGCAAAAAAAAAAACGCCCUUCUGCAACACAUGACAAACUUCUUAGUCUUUAAGGUGUGUAUGAUUUCUGUAAUGUCGAUUAACAGGAGCUAUAGUGUGUUUGAAUCGGAACGCAGCAGCGCAGGCAGAGCUACAGAAGUAAAGUCUGCUGGCAUCAGGGUUCGGUUCAUUUUCAGUCAUUGACACAACAGCCUGCUUUUCUUUCAUCAACCACUAGGGUGGUCCAAUUAGUCACUUUCCACUACAUGUCUAAUCAAGUCUUAUUGGGAAGUUUUUAUCAGGAACAAAAAUGAAGAUGCCGACUCAGCUUUUCCUCCCACUUCUCAUCAAUUUUUCUCCAGUCUUAACUGCUGAUUCAGAUUUUAACUUCUUGUCUUAUUAAAGUAUUAUAUCAUGUAAACAAAAAAAGGUUGCAUUGAUUUCUGGUCAAUCAGUUAAAUUCAGUUGAGUUAAAAGAUACAAAUCAAUGUAAUUUACUUCCAGGUUUGUCCUUUUUUAUUAAUUACUUGGGCUUUUUUAAUUCCUAAGUCCUUUUUAUUUAAAGGUCUCGCAGCCUAAUGUCCUUAUGUGGGAUAUGGUGUUUCCACUAUGUAAGCUAACGGCUGCAUUGCUUUUAUGAUAAGGACUAGUUGCUAGUUUUAAAAAAUUAAAUGUACCUGUUACCAUAUGCAAAUGCAUGGUGGUGAAACAAAUGUACAAUUAUUAAAAGUAGAUUGCCUGUGAAGCUCCUGUUUUUGCAUUUGAAUUAGAGUGGAAAUCUUCCAGGCUGUCUGUACAUUCCUGACAAGCUAAAAUAAAUAUCAGCCCACAUCUUGUGGGAGCAAGAAUUGAGCGACCUGGAAUGAGCCCAUUCCUCUUUGAUACCCCACUGAGUGCAGCCCCCUUUGCUGUCCUGACUGCUGCCUGCUGCUGCUGCUGGUGGGCAAUAUUUUCACCAUUCCUUCGUUUGUUCGGGGUAACAGAGCUGCAGUGACGCGCGAAUGGACAACAAUGUAUAAGAAUUUAUUUGUUUUGGUUUCUUUUUCUGCUCUGGCAAUUAAUAAAACUAAUUUUAACCCCUG